AUGAUAAAACCGGUUCUAAAUUCUUACUCUUACUAUUACAAGUUAAUGGCUAGUUAUUUGUCAAAAAGAAACUGUGAUGAAUCUUUCAUGCGGUAUUUUUUCGGAAAGAAUGCAACAAAGAAAACGCCAGAGGAGCUAGAACGUGCAGAUGAAAGGAAACGUCGGCUGCAACGUGAGAGGUCACGGAGAUAUCGCGCUCUCAAAAACGCUCGGAGACAACACGAAGGAAUCCGUGACAACGCGGACAACGAGUCGAGUCGCAGCAAGUCCAGGGCCGUGUCCGUGGAUGAGGAGCUAAGUGAGGGAGACGAGCCGCCGACGCUGUGCCACCUCAGCUACGACGACAAGUGGCGAGACCCCGGGCUGUCCGACUGUGCCUCCGACGACAACUCGGCUCACAGCGCCGCCGAGCUGAAGGAGACCGCGCUCUCCGGUGACAUUACCCUCGACCUGAAAGAGUUUCUGAGUUCACCCAACAUGGAAUUGGACUAUCAGACUGUGCACAGCCUCAUGUUCCACUGGUUGCAAACAGUUGACACAUAUCAGGUUGUAGGGUCGCUGCUUGUAGUCUACAAUCACACUCACAGACAAGGAAACCGUCCUGCCAUUACAAUAUAUAUCAGAUAA